AUAUGAAGCAUCCACAAAUGAACUGAUCAAUGAAGAGCUGGGGAUAGCUUAUCCAGUCAUUGAUGGGAUUCCUAACAUGAUACCACAAGCAGCUAGAGCAACGCAUCAACAGACAAAGCAAGAAGAAACAGAGCAGCACUGAAUCAAUGUUUUAAAAAAACACUGCUACAUUUUCUUAAUUCUUAUAUACACUUUAAAACAGGGCCGCAGCAGUCUGUGAGUGAGGAGGAAGAAUGUUUCUGUCUCUGCCUACUAUGACUGUGCUUAUUCCACUGAUCUCCUUAGCAGGUCUGUUCUACUCAGCCUCUGUGCAGGAAGACUUCCCACAGGGUUGCACAACGCUUAGUCUACUGAGCCAUCUCCCCGGCCCCAGCCUUUGCUUUUAUAGUCUGCUCUUGCCAAUCACCAUUCCAGUGUAUGUGUUCUUCCACCUCUGGACCUGGAUGGGUAUUAAGCUCUUCAGGCAUAAUUAACACAGCCACAACCAUGUGGCUAUGUAUUAAGUCCUAAGCACUUGGUGUUUGAAAGCUCAGCGAGGUGGAAUAAUGGAGACCUAUUUAGUUUGGAGGAAAGUUGCUUUGCCUUGCUUAACUCAGUUUUAGGACUAAAAGGCUUAAGAUGCAGAAGCUUUGAUUGUACUUCUAGUUCUGCCCUUGUUUUUUGAAGAUUCUGACUGCUGUAUCAGAAACAAUAAAAUGUCAUGAUGGAGAUUAA